AUGGAGGAAAACAUAAAGCCAGGACAAGACACUGUCAUCUGUCUGCCUGUGGAAUUCACCUGGCCAGUCUUCCAGGCAAGUUACUCCUACCAGAACUAUCAGACUUCUCAACCUCCUCAAGUUUCUCCUCAAAUACAAGAUUUUCAAAGGCUUAUCAACAUUUCCCCCCCAAAUUCUCAUACUAAUGUGUCCAAAUCCGACUUUCAGCUUUCAAAUGAAAAUAAUGACAAUAAUCAAAACAGAAUUGACCAGCCCCAACAAACUGUUUCAAAUUGUAGUCCCUUACAGUUCAGUUGCCCACAAAAAAUGGUGGAUGAAAUGUCAGUGAGUAGUACAAGCAGUUCUCAUCAGAUGAUGCCAGUAAGAGCAGCCCAGGCAGAAGAUAAAUCCUGCAAUAAAUGGAAAAUAAUUAGAAAACCACAAAUAGCAAAAAGAAUGCCAAUUCGAAAAGCACCACAGGUUGUUCCAGAUCCAGCACCUGAGAGGAAGAGAACAGCACCCAUUAACCCUGCAUACACAAUUCGAAAGUCACGGAUUGCUAAUACUGUCCAUCUGCGGUCAUAUAGGGACAGGAUAAUUCACUUAUUGGCAUUGAAGGACUACAAGAAAUCUGAGCUGCUUGUUAGACUGCAGAAAGAUGGCAUUAAAAAAAAUGACAAGAAUUCACUUGGAAAAAUUCUUUACCAGGUAGCUAACUUAAAUACCCAGAAUUUUUCAUAUUCCUUAAAGGAUUGCAUUUAUAGAGAGAUCCAGAGAGAUUGGCCUGGAUAUAAUGAACUAGACAGGCAAUCAUUGGACUUGAUAGUUUCCACAAAAAUAGGUUCAUUUCAGAAUGCUAUUGACACCCAUCACCCAGAAUCUUCUAUAGAUUCUAUUAUAGAUGGCAUAUCAUCUUCUCAAGAUAAGCUUUUAAAUUUGGAUGCUACUGAUUCUUUAAUGAAAAAAGGGACUAGAGUAUCUCACCCUACAAUUCCAGCACAGCCAAUCUUAAAUAGCUACUUGAUUAAUAACCAGAAAAAAUCUGCAGUUUGCUUACCACCCUCUGCAGCUCCUGCCAAACAGAGCUGCCCAGCAUUUUCUACAACCUACCUGCCCAUUUCAAAUCCUCCUCUGCCUGUAAAUUCUAACUGUGAUUCUUUUAGCACUACACAAAAAUGUGGGACUCAAGAUCCUUAUGUGGGCAGUGUCAGUCAAGACACUAUUAUCUUUCCAAGCCAACCUACAAAGUGUGCUUCUUUGGAAAACUUAGAUUCUAUUUCAAUUCAAAUAGAAUAUCCAAAACUUGGGGAGAAAAAAAAAUUAGUAUCAGAUAAGAAGUUUAAAUAUAAAGCAGAAAACCAAAACUGCAAUAUUGACAUGACAGAGAAACAGAAGACAGGUUCUAAAAACCAAGAUAAAGGUACAAAGUCAAACUCUAACGAAGCAUUUCAAAAAGAAAGUUCUACCUCUCAGAAUACCUGUUCAACAUCUGGACUUGAGGAUUAUUUGAUUAACUAUUACACUAUAGCUUCCCCAGAGCAACGUCGGCAUUAUGAACAGGAUUUUAGAGUAGAUUAUGAUGAGUAUCAGACAUUGUAUGCCAAGAUGCUGAAUUUAUCUAAAGUUUUUAUUAGCUUACAAUCGGAAAGGAAGCUGCUACCACCAAACUCAAAAGAAUAUCACAAUAUAAAUCAAAGAAUCUCACUAGAAUAUCAGAAGAUGAGACAGCUUAAUCCUAAUUUUCAUGCAGAAAAAUGUAGAUGUGUAUAUCUUUACAGCAAGCUGAUUCACAUUAAAAAAUUAAUAAAUGAUUUCGACCAGCAGCGAGUGAUAUCAAAGCACUAA